AUGAGGCUUUGUUUCCAUCUCGGUGCGUCGAAGCUCCGCCUCCUGUCCCUCGCCCUGCUGUGCCUCGUCCCGCGGGCCGUCACAUCGCCCCCCCGCUCCCCCCCAGCCCCCCCCGCCCUCCUGCCCCCGGGGGGGGCGGCCGAGCUGGAGUCCGCCCUGCUGCACCUCCGGGCCGCUCUGGACGACCCGAGGCUCUACCCGAGGGCCGAGUGGCUCGUCCGGCACGACGCCGGGGCCGAGUGGCACCAAGACCCCCGGAGACCGGUGCUGGACCCCCGGAGACCGGUGCUGGACCCCCGGGAGGAGGAGAGGGGGGCGGAGGAGUCAGAGGAGGAGGAGGACCGGUCCUGGGAAGAGGGGCAGCUCAGGGCCCAGAGAGGAGACCUGGAGCCCCCCCGCUGUCGCCCUUCCCCGGGG